UGUAUAUGUAGUGGGCAUGUAUACAUACAUGUAUGUAGGCAUACAUACAUACAUACAUAUGUAUGCAUACACACAUACAUACAUGAAUAGAUACAUACACACAUACAUACAUACACUACCGUUCAAAAGUUUGGGGUCACUUAGAAAUGUAUUUAUUUUACAAAGAAAAGCACUGUUUUUUCAAUAAAGAUAACAUUAAUCAAAAAUACACACUAUACAUUGUUAAUGUGGUAAAUGACUAUUCUAGGUGGAAACGUCUGGUUUCUAAUGAAAUAUCUCCAUAGGUGUAUAGAGGCCCAUUUCCAUCAACUAUCACUCCAGUGUUCUAAUGGUACAUUGUGUUUGCUAAUCGCCUUAGAAGACUAAUAUCUGAUUAGAAAACCCUUGUGCAAUUAUGUUAGCACAGCUGAAAACAGUUAUGCUGGUGAUAUAAGCUGUACAACUGGCCUUCCUUUGAGCUUGAAGUUUGAAGAACAAAAUUAAUACUUCAAAUAUUAAUCAUUAUUUCGAACCUUGUCAAUGUCUUGACUAUAUUUUCAAUUCAAUUUUCAAUUCAUUUGAUAAAUAAAAGUGAGUUUUCAUGGAAGACACGAAAUUGUCUGGAUGACCCCAAACUUGUGAACGGUAGUAUACAUACAUACACACAUAUUCACAUACACACAUAGACAUUACCAUAGACAUACAAACAAAAUAAAAACAACACACUCCAGGAAUGUCUUGACGGGAAUGUCUUGUUUCCUUUUUCCUGAUGAAGACCCCUUAUCUGUCCACACUUCUAUCGCGUCUGCUCCUGUUCCUCAGUGUUGUGUUCUCUCGGUCGCUGCCAUCCAGUGCUCCACACAAAGCCACGAGGCAUCACGAGACACCUGUUGGGUCUGGUUGCCGACAUGGCCCGACACUCGUGUUACAGCUGGAGAGGGGAGCGUUACUCUGGAGCUCUGCGUGGACAUUUAUGGAUGCUGUUUAAACAGUACUCAGCAUGCCGUCGUCCAACCAGGGCUGGCCUGACGAGUUCGGCUUCCAGCUGGGCGGCAACGGACCCUGCUACAUCCUGUCUGUGGAGGAGGGCAGCAGCGCCCACCUGGCGGGGCUGCAGGCGGGGGACCAGGUCCUGGAGAUCGAGGGCCACAAUGUGUCGACGCUGGGUCCCCAAGCUCUCGUCGCCAUCGCCCAGACGCAGAAGAACAUCCCUCCCAGCAUCGGAGUGGUGUCCCGCAUACAGCAGAUGGACGUCAUACCGGGUCCGGACGGUCGUUUUGGGUUCACCAUUGUGGGAGACUGCCCCCUGCUGGUGGAGGACUGCUCGCCUUGCUCUCCGGCCGGCCGCGCGGGUCUGAGGGCCGGAGAUCACAUCAUGGAGGUCGACGGCAUCCCCGUCAGGCAGCACGAGACGGCCGCGGCGCUGAUCAAGGCGUCCCAGGGCAGGACGCUGCGCCUCGGGGUGCUGUGUCUCGGCCCGAGGCAGAAACGAAGCAUCAGCGUGGACGACAGUCAGACGGGAGUAGAGGGAGCGAGGCUGGACCGCAAACACAAAGCGCUGGAGUUCAACAGGAGGGUGGACCAGAUUCUAGGAGAGGAGCCCGAGGUGAAGGAGAAGCUCUUCACCGCGCUGAAGCACUACGCGGCCGAGAAGAGGGUGGAGUGGUUGGCCUCGGUGCUGCCCGACAUCCUCGCCUCCGAUGAGCACCGGCAGCUCAUCUCCAGCAUCAGAAUCUUCAUCCCCAAGAAGCACCGGCAGCGCUUCGACGUGGCCGUGAACCAGAACGUGAUCAACCGACUCUGCCGCAGCAAGAGCAUCAGCGAGCCGCACGCCAGGAUCCGGCGCAGUCGGAGCGAGGAUCACUCCGACCGCCGCCGCGGGUCCAAGCGGGCCAGCUCGGUGCCCAGAGACGGAGAGCCCGGGGGGAGGGGGGAGGCGGAGAGAGAGCGGGGCUUAAGGAAGUCGGCCUCUGGGGUCCCGCCGCAUCCCCCCAUUGGACCCAAUCAGAGGGUCCUUCGCAUCUACCGCGGGAAGAAGAACUUCGGCUUCACGCUACGAGGCCACGCCCCCGUCUGCAUCGACUCCGUCAUCUCAGAUAGUCCAGCUGAGGAAUGUGGACUGAAAAUAGGCGACCGAAUCCUCUUCCUCAACGGACUGGACAUGAGGAACUGUUCCCACGAGAAGGUGGUGUCCAUGCUGCAGGGCAGCGGGGCCAUGCCCACCCUGGUGGUGGAGGAGGGUCCGUCCGAGUACUCCUCAGACCAAACCGACCCGGAGGAGUCUCCGAGCCUCGCUCCCGCAACGCUGCCGCGCUCUAGGUCUCCGGCCCUCAGCUCUCUGCAGUGGGUCGCCGAGAUUCUCCCGCCGAGCAUCAAAGUCCGCGGGCGGACCUUCGGCCAGCAGCUGGAGCACCUGCUGACCAUCCAGGAGAGGUACACGGUCUGCAAGUCCCUGGAGACCUUCUUCCAGCACAGGAAUGUGGACACUCUGAUCGUGGACGUGUUCCCGGUGUUGGACACGCCGGCCAAACAGCUGAUCUGGCAGUUCAUCUACCAGCUGCUGACGUACGACGAGCAGGAGCGCUGCCAGGGCAAGCUGUCGCGCUUCCUCGGGUUCAAGAGCAGCGCCGUGUUGGAGCCCGACCUCGGCCCGGCGCUCCACCGGCGCAGCAGCUCCAUGCGCGUGACGGGCACGUCGUACCGCGGCGUGGUUCGGGAGAGGAGCUCCGACGACUGCAUCAUCGGGACCCACCUGGGAAUGGGAAUUCAUGUGGAGGAAUCCGGGAGCCCGGAGGAGAGGCAGUCGGGAGACGGGACCUCCUUCCCCGAGUCCCCCGACCUCAGUCAUAUAACAGGGGUGUACACGGAGCUGGAGACCGUGUACGCGGGGAAGAGUGUGUCGCCGCUGCGUGGCGGCUCCUCAGCAGAACCCGAGGGCCCGGGACAGACUGAGGCCUACGGCCGCUCUCUCUCCCCCCUCACUCUGCCCCCUCUCAAAGGUAGUUGUAAAUCCGGCCUGUCGCUGUCCUGGAAGGAGCCGCUCCCCUCCCCCGUGUACGAGCUCCACCACCAGAGCAGCGUGGACUCCAACCCCUACGUCAGCCUGGAGAGCCCCCCCGCCUCCCCCGAGCACUCCGGCGGCGGCGGCGGCACGCUGACCCGCCGCAAGAAGCUGUUCACCUUCUCCCGCCCGCCACGCAGCCGGGACACGGACAAGUUCCUGGACGCGCUGAGCGAGCAGCUGGGCCACCGCGUCACCCUGGUGGACGGCUUCGUGCCCGGGGAGAACGACUACGAGGAGAUAUAUCAAGGUGGUUGUCAUGGUUUCAGAAGAAGAGGGGUGCCUAUGAGUUUCCAGGAGGACCAGGACUCGGGCUUCACGCCCCGCCGGCUCAGCAGCGGCAGCAGCGAGGACCAGAGCCACAGCGACGAGGGCUCCAACUCCUCGGGCUCCGAGCCCAUCCCGCCGCCCCCCACCCAGAGCCCGCCGCCGCCCCCGCCUUUCCAAGCUCUGAUCCCGCCCCCCGUCCAGUUCACCGACCCGUUGCCGCCGGUGCGCUUCUCCCCCGAGCGCGCGCCGCGCAGCCGCAUGCCCUUCCAGCCGCAGCACCCCAUCAUCCCGCCGCCGCCGCCGCCCAGGACCAUUCUGACCAGCCGGCCCGCCCUCGGCAAAGUGCCGCCCACCAGGGAGGAGGUGGAGAAGGCUCGCCAGCGCUUUCAGAGCCGCCUGUCGCACGGCCACACCGCCCUGGGCACCACCACCACGCUGCGCUGCUCCCAGCCGUCUCGGCCCCGCUUCCUGCCCCGGCAGCUCAGCCAGCCGCAGCCCGUCCUGCAGCCCUCCGCCCAGCCGCUGAGGCCGAGCCAGCUGGUGCUCCAGAGACACCACCUGCUCCACCACCAGCACAGCUACCAGGGCCCGCUGCCGCCGUCCCUCCAGGACCACGGCUCGGCCCCGGCGCAGAGCCAAGGCGCCGCGGAGGCCUCCAAGCACCCGGCCGCUCACUCCACCCUCCCCAGCCACAGCAACACCUACGAAACCCCGCGGCAGGAACACCCGUCACAACAGGCGCCGCCGCCCCCGCCUCCACCCCUCCCUCCACCCUGUGACCCGCCUCCGCUGCCCAAGCCGGGCCCCCACGCCUCGGACGCCAACCACAUGAGCGUGAAGAGGCUGCGCUGGGAGCAGGUGGAGAACUCCGAGGGGACGAUAUGGGGUCAGCUCGGCGAGGACUCGGACUACGACAAGCUCACCGACAUGGUGAAGUUCUUGGACCUCGAUCUGCACUUUGGGACUCAGCGCCGCUCCAUGUCUCCUCCAGAGCCGGCCUUCUUGCCCGAGAACUUAAAAAAGAAAGACGUGGUGGAGAUCCUGUCUCACAAGAAAGCCUACAACGCCUCCAUCCUCAUCGCCCACCUGAAGCUCUCGGCCGGCGAGCUGCGUCAGGUCCUGAUGGACUUGACCACCGACCGGCUGGAGCCGGCUCACAUCAAGCAGCUGCUGCUCUACGCGCCGGACGAGGACGAGGUCCAACAGUACGAGCGCUUCGAACAGGACCCGGCCAAACUGAGCGAGCCCGACCGGUUCAUCUACCAGAUGCUGACGGUGCCCGAGUAUAAAACCCGCCUGCGAAGCCUCCACCUGAAGACCACCCUGCAGGAGAGGACGGAGGAGAUGAAGGUGGCGUACGACUACAUCUACAAGGCCUCCGUGGAGCUGAAGAGCAGCAAGAAACUCGCCAAGAUCCUGGAGUUUGUCCUCGCCAUGGGGAAUUACCUGAACAACGGGCAGCCCAAGAGCCACCGGACCACCAGCUUCAAGAUCAACUUCCUCGCCGAGCUCAGCACGACCAAGACGGUGGACGGGAAGUCCACCUUCCUCCACAUCCUGGCCAAGUCCCUGUGCCAACACUUCCCCGAGCUGCUCGACUUCUCCAGAGACCUCACGACGGUGCCGCUGGCCGCCAAGGUGAACCAGAGGGCCGUCACGGCGGAGCUGAGCGACCUCGGCGCCACCAUCCUGGACAUCAGGAAGGCCUGUCUGAAGAUCCCGCCCACCUCCGAGGACCACUUUGCCUCCGUCAUGAGCAGCUUCUUGGAGAACAGCCACCCUGCCAUCCAGUCUCUGGAGUCCCUGCAGACCCAGGCCAUGGAGGAGUUCUCCAAGGUGGCGUCCUUCUUCGGCGAGGACGGCAUGUCGGCCAACACGGAGUCCUUCUUCGGCAUCUUCGCCGAGUUCAUGUGCAAGUUUGAGAGAGCGCUCACGGAGACCCAGAGCCCAGACAACCCCCGGAGCCCCAGACUGUCCUCCCCUCCGGCCUGGUGACGGGGGACGGCCAAACCGACACAACCAAAGUGCCAAGAACACACACAGAGACACACACACACACACACACACACACACACACACACACAGACCACAUCUGCUCAAGCAGAACCGGAUGAAAAUGCACUGGAUUAAUCUGUAGAUGACGACAGCUAACGAGCGAGUUGUAUUAAUGGUAUUCCAGGUGUGCACCGACAACUCAAACAGUCCGUACAUCGUUCACAUCUGUAAUACACACAUUACUACAGUAGACAGUGAAGACGGCUCCAGCGCAUCUCGAUGCUGCAUUACAGGGAGGUAAUAAAAAAACAACUGGUCUACGUUUAAAUACACGACAGUAUAAAGUUUAUAUUUUCUAUCAGAUCAUAUUGAAAAAAUUGUAAAGAUUAAGCGUAGAUGUAGACUGACGAGUUAACGAGAAGCAAGUGUCGUCUAGUUGACGCGUUUCCAUACAUUAUAAGUAAUAUAUAUAUAAAUAUAGAUUUAUUUAUAUAUUAUAUAUAUAUUCAUAAUUAUACAUAUAUGUAUAUGUAUAUAUAAUAUAUAUAUAUACUCCAAAUUCAGAGGUAUUUCAACUCAACAUAAAGUAUUUAAGGGAGGGAUUUAUUUUUCCACAAUUUAAAUGUCCUCACUUGUUCGACCAGUAAAACCAGUUAAGAGCUUUAGACCAGGUCGUCCUCUGGACUCCAUCGUGACCGUAAGCCAAUGAAAUCUCUCCGAUCCGGCGCGCUGCACGUGGACUGGGACGGCCUCCUUUUUUGUCAGCAGCCAAUCGGGCUGCAGCGUUGAGAUUCUUUCGCCCGGCAUGGAUUCAUUCAGACAUUAUUCAGACCACAGAGAGGAACUUAAACUCCAUCCGCAGGAGAGGAACUCCGGCUCGAAAAGCAGCUUUAUUGUGGCGAGCCGAGCGCGUCGGGCUGAUGUCAAGAGUCUCGAGCGUUAUUGAACACGGAUCAUAAACAAAAUGAUGCAUGUGGAGAAUAAAAUGUAACUGGUA